AUGCAGAUUCCCGUGAUCGAUUUCUCGGCGUUCUUGGACUCGUCUAGCAGCAACGACGCAAAGCUCAAGGUAGCAAAGAGCCUUGAUCAAGCAUGCCGUGAAGUGGGCUUCUUUUACCUCUCUGGUCAUGGCAUCGAGUCGUCAUUGUUCGCAGACAUGCUCUCGAACGCCAAACAGUUCUUCACCACUGCAACGCCUGAGGAGAAAGACGAAAUCAGAGCAAAACCUAGUGGCGAAGGUUCUGGCGAUGAUAGCAGAGGCUACAGGGUAGUCGAGAGAGCUGAUGCAGGCUAUGAAGUAGGACCACCAUACACGAAAGGUCUUGGUCGCAACCAAUGGCCCAAAACGCCAGCAUCUUUUCGUCAAACUGCUGAAGAGUACACGACACAUCUUGUGGCUCUUGGUGUUGCGAUCAUGAAAGCUUUUGCUCUAGCCUUGGACGUAUCCGAAGAGAUAUUCGCCAGCAGAGUUGACGAGUCGUUUUGGCAACUGCGUUUGGCUGCAUAUCCAGGAGUGACCGAUGGAGUAGACCAGUCGAAAAGUGGACUGUAUCAGCACAGCGAUUUCGGAAUUCUGACAUUCCUCUUGACCGACGAGCACAAAGGCUCUCUCAAAGUGCUGGCUCCGAAUGGAGAGGAUUGGAUAUCAGCCGAUCCUAUUCCAUCGACUCAGCACAAGGUUCUGCACGCAUCUCAAGAUAUGCGCAUAUCUAUUCCAUUUUUCUUCGAUCCGAACUGGGACGCCAGAAUCGAGCCCGUCUUGGGUAAUGCCGAGAAGAAGUCGAAGGGCGAAGGCGUGAAUUACAAGGACAUAUUCACGGGUGCAAUCAAAUACCCCUACUAG